ACCCACGAUUGCACUGACGCAGUUACUUUGUGGUGUUGUGUUAUCUAACCUGUUGAGCCAUGUCGAAGGGGCUCUGUCUUUCGGCAACAUGAGUACACAGAAAUCGUGGUUUUGUUAUACCCGGGGCAGGAAAAAUGUGAGCAAAACACGGGCUAUUGGGAAGAAUUGGAGGGCAGGGAUAAGGGCUAGAGGAGCCUGAGGGACCGGUUGGAAGUUGCCAAAGACUAGAGAAAUAAUCUUUUUCUGCGCCGCAGUAUCCUGCUGCCGAGACACGUUUCGUGGAGUAAGGUGAGGGCCAAAUCCGCAAGCAAGCGUAUUCCCGUUCGACCCUUGCUCCCUAUGAAUUGAUUCUGUAACGUGCCGUGGAAACCGCCCCUGCCCACCUCUGUGAACUUGCACUUCUCUAAGCUAUGGCUAAAAAAAAUCCGCAUCUAGCCCAGAGGAGAGGUAUGUUUGUACGCUGCAGGCCGCAUGUCUAGCGUCCUUUGUCGGAAGAGGAAACACCCUGGGUGAGGGCUCUAGAAACUUUGAGAGCAGGAAGGAGGGAGGAGUUGAGCAUGGUGAAGAGUGUCGGUGCUGCUGCUGAAGAAGUGCUAGCAGGUGACCUUUGACUACGGGCCGAACUUCUUAUCUCUACCAAUGCGCCACUGUUUCGUGUAUGGAUGCGGCGUUGGAAUCUACACAUCUUUUGAUGUUUAACAUUGAUGGAAAAUUAAUACAGAAAGAAAUCAGAGUGUACUGUAGAACGGGUGCAUGAUAGCUCCUAUAUCUUCUCUAUAAACGUGUUCUUCGAAGCAUGGGUACGUAGGUGGCGACAGUUCCUUGCCGCGAGGUUUUAGCAUGGUCCGUACUAAUGAGGAGCGUAUUGCCCCUUUAUUUACUGCAGCUGUUUGUGGGCGUUGUCCAUAUCUGACUCGUACUUGACUGAGGCAUGAAACUGACAAUUUGAAAUGAAGACCGUCUUGCAAUCGAUUCUCGGAAGAGGCUCUGGCUAAUCGUUUUGUUUAUUUUUAUUCUUUCGCUUUUGUGUAGUCUCGAUACCAUUGACAAUCCUCUACAACAUGAUUAUACCUGGGAGUUGUCCCAAGCAAGAUUUAAUCCUAUAAAUUUUUUAUUAGGUAGUCGAUUUGAAUCCUCUAAGUGCCUGAGACCUUUGUUAAGGUCCAAACAGAUUUCUGGCUUUCAACUAGAGUACGUGACUUUCAGAACCCUGAAAAUUUUCAGAAUUAUUUCUUUUUCUUUGACCCAGGUUUGAAGCGGUUCAUUUGAAAGAUCGAAGUUCUUAUGCGCAGACAAAGCCAAUUGAUGGAACAUGCAGGUGAUUAAUGUGCAUCUAAGGUCAUGGGGAAUAAAAUAACUCGCAGGCGUACUGUGAUUGACGAGCGUUACACUCGUCCCCAGGGCUUAUACCCUCAUCGCGAUGUGGAUCAAAGAAAGCUCCGCCGUCUUAUUCUUGAGUCCAAGCUCGCUCCUUGUUUUCCUGGUGCAGAGGAGCCCGCUACAGACCUCGAAGAAUGCCCAAUUUGCUUUCUGCAUUAUCCAAGCGUGAACAGAUCCAAGUGCUGCACAAAAGGAAUAUGUACUGAGUGUUUCCUGCAGAUGAAAUCUCCGCAUGUUGCCCGGCCAACACAGUGCCCGUUUUGUAAGACUCCUCAAUACGCUGUUGAGUAUCGAGGAGCCAAGACGCUGGAGGAGAAGGGGAUGGAGCAAGCGGAGGAGCAAAAAGUCAUAGAGGCAAAAAUUCGCAUGCGUCAACAGGAGCUUCUGGAUGAUGAAGAACGGGAGCAACGUAGGGAGGAGAAUAUCCGUGCGGGCCGAAUCAGAUUGCAGACACCUCGAUCCCAACCUGUCACUAACAAUGAGAUUGCAAGUGCUCCUACGGAUGAAAUCAAUUUUCUGGAUUGGGGGUAUGGUGAUCGUCAGCCACAGGUCCUUGAAACACUUGACUCUCGUGAGAGUAAUGCUCCACGAUUAAAUCCCUACUUGUGGGUGGAGGGUGAUUAUCGGAGAUCAGGAGGUUUUGAUGCAGCUGCACCAUCUCAACAAUCAGCGGAACCAAACACCGUGCCUGCAUUAAGCCAACAACAGCCUGAAAUAGGUGUUCCGACUCUCCAGGCCCCUUCUGGUGCGAUCAGAGCACGACACAGAGAUGAUGACUUUGAUCUUGAUCUCGAGGACAUUAUGGUAAUGGAGGCAAUAUGGCUCUCUAUUCAGGAGCAAGGAGCCCGACACAGAUUUUCAGAUGGAGAGGCAACUCGAUCUGUGCCGAAUAGACCAGCAGGGUUAGCAUUGGAAAAUAGUUUCAGCUCCGAAUUAGACGGUACUAAUACUCGAGCUCCACCUCCCCCAGCAGUACCUGAACCAGAAUCUUGGCAUCAGCAUUCUGGUAGACAAGGCACAGCGGCGGUGGGCCUAGCUGGUGCUAUUGCUGCGUUGGCAGAGCAACAGGCUGUCUCCCCUAAUACAACACAUGCCAUUCAUCCAACAGUUACGAGUUCACUCCAACCUUCACUCUCAGAUGAUCAUAGCGUACCUGAGGUUUCUAACAUUAAUGAAGAACCCUUGGUAAGUACUGGAGAUGCUCCGGCUUCGCAAGCACACGAGAGCUCCCAGCGUUCAGAGGAGUUACCUCAGAGUGGCAGAGAGAAUGGGGUGCGGGAAAUGCCCGUUGUGGUAUCAACAUCUGGAAGGGGCAAAAGUGAUGCGGAGAACUCAAGUAGAGCAUUUGAGAAACUGGCCAACUGGGUGAGCUCGACACAGAAAGAGUACAAAGGCUCCUCAGUGAACACAUGGUUGGGUGAUCAAAGUUCGGAACGGGUGGAGGUUGGUACCAGCUUCUCCAGUAGUGUACCUUCGGCCUCUGACUUGCCUUGGGAAGCGCCGGAUAUUCCAUCCGAUUCUCGGAAUGGUGAAAGCAGUGGCGGUUUUAACAAUGACAAGGUGCUGGUGCCGGAUAGCUUUGAAGAGCAGAUGAUGUUGGCUAUGGCGCUUUCUCUUGCUGAUGCUCAAGCAAGGGUCCGCCAUGGAGGCAACCAUUCGGGUCCUCUUCCUCAGGCUACCCACUUCACUGAUGCCCAAGCAAGGGUCCGUCAAGGUAUCAGCCGCUCUGGUCCACUUCCUCGGCCCACGUACAUUGGACAGUAAUAAUUAGAUAUCAUUUGGAUUCCUUCUUAAGAUUUCUCCCUUGGAUUCCAAAUAUAUAAAUUGUUACGUGUUUAGAGAUCAGCACUUUGUUUAACCUCCCUUGAAAUUUGGAUGCCUAGUCUAGUGGAUGCUAUGUCCGGCAUUCGAGGUUAUCCUGCCUUGCAAUUCAUCAUCUCGGUUCCUGUGGUAUAGCAUCAGGACAGUUCGAUUUCUAUUCAAGAGGUAAGUGCAAGGAGGGGAUGAUUCACGACCCAAUGCAUGAUUUAUUGUACCAUCGCCCUAUCAUUCAAAGAAUGCAAGGGCGACAAGUAGUACUCAUUUUUAAGUAUCUGAUGACAGAUACUUAAUUUGUAUAAUAUUAAACGCCGGGGUUUUUUCAUCUCUGAACUAGAUGUUCCUGAA